AUGGCGGUGGAGUAUAGAUGCUGCGAAACCCAAUUCUUUGUAAACAUUGGGAUUAUAAUUUUGCUUGUUAUGUUCGCUGGACUGAUGUCUGGCCUCACUUUGGGGCUCAUGUCUAUGAGUCUCGUUGAUCUUGAAGUUCUUGCUAAAUCCGGUACUCCAAAAGAUCGAAAAUACGCAGCGAAAAUUUUGCCAGUGGUUAAAAAACAGCAUUUGUUGCUUUGCACGCUCCUUAUUUGCAAUGCUGCUGCUAUGGAGGCGCUUCCAAUUUUUCUUGAUAGUCUGGUUACAGCUUGGGGUGCUAUUCUAAUUUCAGUAACUCUGAUUCUUCUAUUUGGUGAGAUUAUACCACAAUCCGUUUGUUCCCGAUAUGGUUUGGCAAUUGGUGCAACAGUGGCCCCAUUUGUCCGUGUUCUUGUUUGGAUCUGUUUUCCUGUUGCCUAUCCGAUAAGCAAGCUUCUGGACUUUCUGCUGGGACAUGGUCAUGUUGCUCUUUUUCGCAGAGCUGAGUUGAAAACACUUGUAAAUUUGCAUGGCAACGAGGCUGGAAAAGGUGGAGAAUUGACUCAUGAUGAGACAACAAUUAUUGCUGGAGCACUGGAGCUCACUGAGAAAACAGCUGGUGAUGCCAUGACUCCAAUAUCUGGAACUUUCGCUAUUGACAUUAAUGCCAAACUUGACAGGGAGUUGAUGAGUUUGAUAUUGGAGAAAGGGCACAGCAGAGUGCCAGUUUAUUAUGAGCAACCUACAAACAUAAUUGGAUUAAUUCUGGCCAAGAAUUUGUUGACAAUUCACCCAGAAGAUGAAGUACCUGUAAAGAAUGUCACCAUACGCAGGAUUCCCAGGGUUCCAGAAACUUUGCCUUUAUAUGAUAUAUUGAACGAGUUUCAAAAAGGUCAUAGCCACAUGGCAGUUGUUAUAAGGCAGUGCAAAAAGCCAGAGGAGCAGCCCUUUAGCAGUGCUGGUGACAAUCUGGGGAAAGAAGUUAAAGUUGAUAUUGAUGGUGAAAAGCCUCGGAAAGACAAGACUUUGAAGAGCAAGAGACCACUUCAAAAGUGGAAGAGCUUUCCCAACGGGGACAACAAUUCAUUUAGAGGCUCAAGGAGCAAGAAGUGGACAAAGGACAUGGACUCGGACAUCUUGCAUAUAAAUGGCAAUCCACUCCCAAAGCUUCCUGAGGAAGAAGAAGCAGUGGGCAUAAUAACAAUGGAAGAUGUCAUUGAAGAGCUUUUACAGGAGGAGAUCUUUGAUGAGACGGAUCAUCAUUUUGAUGAUUCAUGA